AUGCAACCAACUGCAAACGCACAAUGUGACUACACUUUCAAAGUUCUUAUAAUAGGUGAGUCUGGCGUUGGUAAAACUGCUGUUCUUGAACGAUAUUGUGACAACGUGUUUAACGAGUCUUUGCUGUCUACUGUUGGUGUUGAUUUUAAAGCAAAGUACUUUACUAUAGACUCCAAAAAAAUUAAGGUCCAAUUGUGGGAUACGGCGGGACAAGAAAAGUUCAGAAACAUCACCAGUUCAUAUUAUCGAGGAACACAUGGGUGUAUUGUUGCAUUUGACGUUACCGAUUUGGCAACUUUUGAAAAGAUUUCAUAUUGGUUGGGAGAACUUGCAAAUGAGAAACAACAACCAGAAAUUAUUAUUUUGGGGAAUAAAAUUGACGCACCAAAUAGAAAAGUGACUGACGAAAUGGUCGAGAACUUCAGUCGACAAAAUGGGGGACUCAAAAUAUUUUAUAGUAGUGCAAAGACGGGAGAAGGGAUCGAAAAUGUCUUCACCGAGAUUGUCAACUCCAUUUACAAAAACAAGGAUUUGAUGUCGAGAAUGCGUAGCUCUGCAGCAAUGAAUAUGGAGGAUGUUACUGUACCUACUAACACUAACUCCAAGUGUUGCUAA